UCUGGAGCUAAGGAUAACUGCCACACUGGCCGGGCCUUCGAGUUGACCUGUGGGAGCCUGCUGGGGGCACCCCUGCUGGCCCCCAAACCUGAGGAUCACAUAACAGAUAGCCUUCCUCCAGCCCAGAGACCCCUGAGAUCUGUCUGUCUGAGUUUGUAUCUACUCAUCCAAGGCCUCAUCUAGCCCAAAUUCAGCCUCUCGGAGCCCCAUCCAAUGAGAAUCCAUGGCCAAAUCUUCACUCACUUUUUAAACAAAGUUGUCUUUUUUUUUUUUUUAGAGAGAGGGAAGGGAGAGAGAAAGAAAUAUCAAUGUGUGGUUGCCUCUUGUGCGCCCCCAUCUGGGGACCUGGCCUGCAACCCAGGCAUGUGCCCUGACUGGGAAACAAACCGGCAACCCUUUGGUUCGCAGGCAGGCACUCAAUCCACUGAUCCAUAAUAGCCAGGGAUUCCUUUAACAGUUUAAUUAAGCACCUAUUCUGCACCAGGUAGCCAAGAUUACUAAAUGUGCUUAAAUUGGCCCCGGAUCAAAUUUCGACAUAAGCCCAUGUUUAUAGGUAGAUUAAUAAGACCCAAAUCCUUUCUGGCAGGAACCUAACAACAAAGCCCGGAGGUAAGCUGGGCACGGAGCAGUCACCCAAGUAAAUGCUCUGACCUGCAGCUGCCUUGGAGGCACUAUAGGGAGAGGCUGAUGCAACCGACUGUGCCCCUUUCAAACUCUAACUCUCUCCAAGAGCCAAGAUGGUAGUUUCCCAGGCUGCCGCUGUCCGGCGCCGCUCUCCGGGAGCUGUGCUCUGAGGACUUGAGAAUUUCAAAGAUAGACCCCGUAGGUUUUGGCACUCGGGCACCCUGAAACUACAAUUCCCGAGAGGCCUUGCGACGGACGCCAUAUUUUCUCCUCGCAAGUCCAAACAGCCGGUUCCAGUGAGGGCGAUGCCUCUUGCGUAAUAGGAGCGCGCCGCCGCUGUCGCAGAGUGAUAACGUCAGCCCCUGCCCGGGCUGUCAGUCACGGAGGGCCCAGGCACCGGCUGAGGGGCCCGUGGGGCCGGCGCCUCCAUGGCGGCCGUGUUUGACCUCGAUCUGGAGACAGAGGAAGACAGCGAGGGCGAGGGCGAGCCAGAGUUCCCUGCGGAUGUGUGUCCCCUUGCCGAGUUGAGGGCGGCUGGCCUGGAGCCUGUGGGACACUAUGAGGAGGUGGAGCUGACUGAGACCAGUGUGAACCCUGGCCCUGAGCGCAUUGGGCCCCACUGCUUUGAGCUGCUGCGUGUGCUGGGCAAGGGGGGCUAUGGCAAGGUGUUCCAGGUGCGAAAAGUGCAGGGCACCAACUUGGGCAAAAUAUAUGCCAUGAAAGUCCUGAGGAAGGCCAAAAUUGUACGCAACGCCAAGGACACGGCGCACACACGGGCGGAGCGGAACAUCCUGGAGUCCGUGAAGCAUCCCUUCAUUGUGGAGCUGGCCUACGCCUUCCAGACCGGCGGCAAACUCUACCUCAUCCUUGAGUGCCUCAGUGGUGGUGAGCUCUUCACACAUUUGGAGCGAGAGGGCAUCUUCCUGGAAGACACGGCCUGCUUCUACCUGGGCGAGAUCACACUGGCCCUGGGCCACCUGCACUCCCAGGGCAUCAUCUACCGGGACCUCAAACCCGAGAACAUCAUGCUCAACAGCCAGGGCCACAUCAAACUGACAGACUUCGGGCUCUGCAAGGAGUCGAUUCAUGAGGGCGCCGUCACCCACACCUUCUGUGGCACCAUCGAGUACAUGGCCCCUGAGAUUCUGGUGCGCAGCGGCCACAACCGGGCGGUGGACUGGUGGAGCUUGGGGGCCCUGAUGUACGACAUGCUCACUGGAUCGCCACCCUUCACCGCAGAGAACCGGAAGAAGACCAUGGACAAGAUCGUCAAAGGGAAGCUGGCGCUGCCCCCGUACCUCACCCCGGACGCCCGGGACCUGGUCAAAAAGCUUCUGAAGCGGAAUCCCAGCCAGCGGAUGGGGGGUGGCCCGGGGGACGCUGCCGAUGUGCAGAGGCACCCCUUUUUCCGGCACAUUAAUUGGGACGAUCUCCUGGCCCGCCGUGUGGACCCCCCUUUCAGGCCCUGCCUGCAGUCAGAGGAGGACGUGAGCCAGUUUGACGCCCGCUUCACACGGCAGACACCCGUGGACAGCCCAGACGAUACGGCCCUCAGUGAGAGCGCCAACCAGGCCUUCCUGGGCUUCACGUACGUGGCGCCCUCCGUCCUGGACAGCAUCAGGGAGGGCUUCUCCUUCCAGCCCAAGCUGCGCUCCCCCAGGCGUCUCAACAGCAGCCCCCGGACCCCUGUCAGCCCCCUGAAGUUCUCACCCUUUGAGGGGUUUCGGCCCAGCCCUGGACCACCGGAGCCCACGGAGCCCCCUCUACCUCCUCUGGUGCCACCACCGCCACCACCCUCGAGCACUGUCCCCCUCCCCAUCCGACCCCCCUCAGGGACCAAGAAGUCCAAGAGGGGCCGUGGGCGCCCUGGGCGCUAGGAGGAUGGGUCGGGGUGAGGAUGCUGUUAGGGCCCCUCCCCGUGGGCCAUGAGGGCAGUGGGACCCCGGGGUGCGUCUUGGGGCACAGGAGGGCGUGCGUCUGUGUUGGGAGUGUCAGUGUCCGGGAAUCAUGGGCGCAAAGGGCCGGCUGCUGGUGGGCGCCUCCCGCAGCUGAGCUGCGCCCUUGUGGAAUUAAAGUGUCCGAUCAUG